CCUGGACAGAGGGCGGGCCAGGGUCGGCGCCGCGGAGGCGGGGAGGGAGGGUUGAGCCAGAGACCCGGGACCCCGCCCCCGCACACCUGCCAGUGCCCCGUAGCUUCGGCCGCCGGCACUGGCAGGAGAUGAGAGGCUGCUGCCGCCCGGUCGGAAGGACAUCGGCGCCCCCCAGGCCCGGUCCCCGCCCCAGUUCCUCGGGCUUUCCUGCUGCCCCUGCCUGAGAGGUCCGACGACACGGAGAACAGGAUCCUGCGCCCAACCCAGGAGCAGUUGGGUUUGGAGCACCAGAAAUUGAAUGCUCCCUGGCGCUGCAUCCCGAGAGCCCUCCCAGCCUAAGAAGCCCCAUCUUUCUGUCUCCACCCAUGGGGAGCUGCAGCUGUGAGGCCCAGGACCCUUAGCAGGACAUGCAGAGCUGGGCAGGGACCCAGGCUCAAGGGUUGUCUCCAGCCUGUGGAGACCGCCAUGAAGCUGAUCUGCCUCCCAGAGGGCCUGGCCCACUUGAAAUAAUUGCUCCGGCUACUGAUGUGGUGGGAACUUUGGUAUUUUUAACCCAUUUGGGGGGUGGGGGAGCAGCUGGCAAGAGGGAGGCAAGCUUUCAGAGUCAGAGAGGCCUGAGAGAGGAGAGUAGAGGGAAACUCAGUGAGGAGGAGCCAGGCAGGCUGCCUCGGUAGUUCCCCAGGCCUAGACACCCCCCCUGUACCACCCCCUGUCCCAGCAGGUAGGUGCAGACCUAGAUGCCAGGUGCAGAAGGGGGAAUGGGCCCUCUCCAGGGUUACAGCAUGGAUCACCGAGGCUGCAGGGGCUGUCAAGGCGUGGAAGAAGUCCCAUGUCCCGGGGAGCCCCAUGGCUUCUGAUGUCAGGAAAACUUAGUCCUCUCAGUUCCCCAGAAUCAUUUCACCCCACCCCACCCAAACUGAGUGCCAAACCAGUUGGGUGGAGAAUACAAGCCCUGACUCCAGCUGCCUGGUCAGUGGCAUGGCCAGCCAAGUCCUAGCGACCCUGGGAGUCAGGGAGGAGGCAAGGACAAGACUACAGCAUUGUUUGGCUGAGUUCUGGGUCUGGCCCCACUCCCCAAAACUGACCCCAAUCUCUGUGUCUGCUGCCCUAAAAAGAGACCCUGGGGCUGGGUGUGGUGGCUCACGCCUGUAAUCCUAGCACUUUGGGAGGCCAAGGCGGGAGGAUCACCUGAGGUCAGGAGUUCAAGACCAGCCUGGCCAACAUGAUGAAACCCUGUCUCUACUAAAAUACAAAAAUUAGCUGGGCAUGAUGAUGGGUGCCUGUAAUCCCAACUACUCAGGAGGCUGAGACCGGAGAAUCGCUUGAACCCAGGAGAUGGUAGUUGCAGUGAGCCAAGAUUGUGCCGCUGCACUCCAGCCUGGGCGGCUGAGCGAGACUCCGUCUCAAAAAAAUAAAUAAAAGGAGACCCUGGCUGGAUGUAGUGGCUCAUGCCUAUAAUCCCAGCACUUUGGGAGGCCAAGGCAGGAGGAUCACUUGAGGCCAAAAGUUUGAGACCAGCCUGGGCAACAUAGCAAGACCGCGUCUCUUAAAAACAAAAGAUCCUAGCGGUCCUCAUCUCUACCAUGGACUACCAGAGGGAAGGCAGCACCUCUCAUCACCCAGGGGGAUGGCCUCCAGUCAGCUGGGGUAUGUAUGCAGCUGUGUGGCAGCAAAUGUGUCCAUGCCUGCAAGCCACUCAGCCCUCAGUCACACGGUGAUGGGCACUAAUAUCCAAGAGGAGCAGAAGUCAAGGCCAUGGGUCCUUUUCUCCCAUUGCCAGAGAUGCAGCCCCACAGCCCCUGGUGAUCUUGGCUGGGAGAAAAAUCAGAGUUUGACAUCUCAUCCCAUUGCCUUCUGCUUUCUGACCUUACUGAGGUCAGGUUCUUCAAGGCCUGGGGGACUGGGACAGGGUUAAGGGGUGUCCUUUCUCCAUCCGUCCUCCAACUCCAUGGAGACUCAGCAUGCCUAGGAAGGUGGAAGGGCUUCCUGCGGGCACACCAUCUCCUGCCUCCCUAUGCCUGUCCUCUGCUGGGUCCUGGGGUCUCCAGUGAUUAUAGCCCUUGCUGCUUCCCCCACAGUGGGGAACGCAGAGCCCUGCCCAGAGGCUUGAACCUGGCACCACAGGGGUCUGGAAUUACACAGACGACGGGUGACAGCCAAAGUGGAUCAUGAACGGUGGACCUGAGGGCUCCACUCUGCCACUGUCAACAUACAGUCCCUCCAGAGAAGUACCUCUCAUGCUACAAAUGGGGCAUGUUCACCAGACUCAGCUUCGGGACAAGACCCCAGGUCAUUCCCAACUGAGGCUCUGAGGUGCAGGAGCUCCGUCCUGUCUGUAAAACUCCCUCAGUUUUCGGCUCUGGAUUUGGUGGGGCUUGUUCCUCCCACUUCCAACCUAGAAAGAGAAGCCAGAGGAAGGGAGGUCACGUGGUCUGCCCCCCAGCCUCUCAGCAGAGAUGCAAAGCCACCUGUCCAGGAUGGGAGACUCCAGAUGGGCCCUACCCUGUGGUGCAGAAGUGAGAUUUGCUGCUCCUCCUGCGUCUGCCCCUCUCCUGCCCUCCUCUCCCUCCCCGAUCUGGCUGUCAUGGAAGAAGCCACUAUUGGCCAGGCCACUGAAGUACUAAGUGGCCCAAGUGGUGAGGAAGGACAGGGGCUGGGUCCUGAGGGCCCAUCCGACCUCCAGUUGAGAGCCCCUCCCCUGACCUCCGGCUGCCCGCCCACCCCAGCUGGUCCCUGGGAACAGGCGGCAGCUGAGCUCCCCAUUAUCUCUCCCCACAGCUCCCCACCUGUGGAGGGACAGGUGAGAUAUCGGAGUCCCUGGGUUGUGCCCCCACCCAGUGAUUCCCUUUGCCUGCUGAGCCCCUGGAGCUGGGGUUUCUUCCUCCCUUGCCUUGGCUGGCCACCUGGCUUCUGGGACCGCCACCUGGGGCACACUUCUGCCUUAAGGCCCAAUAGGGGAGGGGUCAUCCCUACCAGCCCCUCCCUUGUGCCCAUUCCACUGCUGCCUGGCCGCCGUCUCCAGCCGGUCCAGGCUGCCUGCCCGGUCACCCGAUCCGCCCUCUAAACUUUACGGCGCAGCGCACUGCGCGUGGGGCGGUGGCUGGUCUGGUGGGGGCGGGGGCUGCUCCUUAAAGGAGCCGUCAGAGGGUCCCCAGCGGCCCCAGGGUGGGAAGGGGCCAGAGUGGAGAGGUGCUGCUGCGGGAGUCCUCGGUGGAGUGUUAGAAGGCAGCCAGUGUUUGCCUGGAAGACCUCUAGAACCUGAGAAGAGGCAGCGGCAAGUGUCAGCGGAGGGAAGGAGGGAGGUGGGGUCCUGGCCUGGGAUGGGGCCAGGAGCUGGGCAGGAGUGUGGGUGGAGGGGCCUGGAACCUGCCCCAGCAGCCGCUCCACUUGCUUAAUCCCACCUGGAACCUUGCCCCACUCUCUGGGCUCCUGUGUCCAGCACCUGCCCAGCUGACCCCUGGGAAGGAGGGUGGGCAUAGCAGCCAGGUCUUUGCCCCAGCUGAGGGCCAAGGGGAGGUGUCUGGCUUCUAGAGUGAAGGGGUUCAAAGAUGGGGAGACCUCAAGGGGUGAGAGAAGUGAAGGGAGAGGCUCAGAAAGGCUGUGGAGGCGUUGAGAGGGAAGGCCAGCUCAGCGAGGCCAGGAGGCUGGGGUGCGAGUGAAGGGCUGCCUCACCUUGCCCCUCUUUGAUUCCUCAGGGGUGUGGAGAGAGGGCCCUCAAGCUCAAAUGCAGAGGCUGCUUCAGCUGGGUUGGGAGCAGUCCCCAAGUCAGAGGCUGAGGCUUCUGCCCAGGUCUUGGCUCUCCUGGGUAGCACUUCUCCCUCUGAGGAAUGGAGCGAUUGAUGCUGCAGUUGGAUUUGCUCACGUACAUGCCCAGAGACAAGUCCACUCUUAUGGGUGCACACGUUUGCACAUGCACAAAUGUGCAACACAUCUGUGUGCAAAAUAUGCACAUAUCACACAUAUACACUGCGUAGAUUGCACAGUGCCACAUGUGUGCACGCCAACCCAUAUCCACACAUGUGCAAUGACACUAUAUUUGCACAGACGUGCACACACAUGCACAUACACACUAGACACAUGCGCACAUCACAAGGGGACACUCGGAAACACAUUCACAGGCACCCACACCCUUGGCUCCAGCCUCAAAAGUGUCUCUGUGUUUUUCUGCGGGACUGUGGGGACACUGCCACCUCCAGAGGCCUGACCCCCUCCUGUCACUCUCACUCUUGACUGGCUUGUUUUGCUCAUUGCACUUGGCACCCUCUGCAUCCAUCUGAUUCCUUGUUGGCGCUCUGUCCCCUCUCACAUGGGAUCUUGUCUGUGUCUCCCAGUAUCCCUCCUCCCGGGUCUAGGCUGGCAUGAAGUGGGUGCACAUUGUGAAUUAAUAUCUGUGAGUGUGUAUACAAGAGAGGAGGUUACUGGGAAGGGUGACGUGGUGAAGGCAGGCCUGCCAAUGCAGGGUGACCCUGAGGGUGUGCCCAGUGGCGUGGGUGUGUCUGUGAUUGUGGCCAGGCGGGGCAUCCUCGGAGGGGAGGCUUCGGAAGUGGAAUGCGACCCCCCAGCCUCUUUCCCCUAGGGGCUGUAAUCUGAUCCCUGGGGACUCCCCCCCUAGCCUCCCGCCCUCGCCCUCGCUGCCGACUCCUCUUCCAGAUCCUGGGGCAGAGUCCAGGGCAGCUCAAGACUCCUCCACACUCACACCCGCUGAACCCUGAGCGCCCUGAGCUGCUGAGAUGGGGCGGGCCGGGGCCGCCGCCGUGAUCCCAGGCCUGGCCCUGCUCUGGGCAGUGGGGCUGGGGGGUGCCGCCCCCAGCCCCCCACGCCUUCGGCUCUCCUUCCAAGGCCAGGUCCUAAUGGCAACCUUGGCCCAUAGAGUCACCACCAGGCAGGACCUGGGGGAGGCUUCCAGCAUGGCUGGCGAGUCCUCAGCAGUGUCCUGCCCUGCAGAGCUCCAGGCCUGGCAUGGUCUCCAGACUUUCAGCCUGGAGCGAACCUGCUGCUACGAGGCCUUGCUGGUGGAUGAGGAGCGUGGACGCCUGUUUGUGGGCGCCGAGAACCAUGUGGCCUCCCUCAACCUGGACAACAUCAGCAAGCGGGCCAAGAAGCUGGCCUGGCCGGCCCCUGUGGAAUGGCGAGAGGAGUGCAACUGGGCAGGGAAGGACAUUGGUACUGAGUGCAUGAACUUCGUGAAGUUGCUGCAUGCCUACAACCACACCCAUUUGCUGGCCUGUGGCACAGGAGCCUUCCACCCAACCUGUGCCUUUGUGGAAGUGGGCCACCGGGCAGAGGAGCCCGUCCUCCGGCUGGACCCAGGAAGGAUAGAGGACGGCAAGGGGAAGAGUCCUUAUGAUCCCAGGCAUCGGGCUGCCUCCGUGCUGGUGGGGGAGGAGCUAUAUUCAGGGGUGGCAGCAGACCUCAUGGGACGAGACUUUACCAUCUUUCGCAGCCUAGGGCAACGUCCGAGUCUCCGAACAGAGCCACACGACUCCCGCUGGCUCAAUGAGCCCAAGUUUGUCAAGGUAUUUUGGAUCCCGGAGAGCGAGAACCCAGACGACGACAAAAUCUACUUCUUCUUUCGUGAGACGGCGGUAGAGGCGGCGCCGGCACUGGGACGCCUGUCUGUGUCCCGCGUUGGCCAGAUCUGCCGGAACGACGUGGGCGGCCAGCGCAGCCUGGUCAACAAGUGGACGACGUUCCUGAAGGCGCGGCUGGUGUGCUCGGUGCCCGGCGUCGAGGGCGACACCCACUUCGAUCAGCUCCAGGAUGUGUUUCUGUUGUCCUCGCGGGACCACCGGACCCCGCUGCUCUAUGCCGUCUUCUCCACGUCCAGCAUCUUCCAGGGCUCUGCGGUGUGCGUGUAUAGCAUGAACGACGUGCGCCGGGCCUUCCUGGGACCCUUUGCACACAAGGAGGGGCCCACGCACCAGUGGGUGUCAUACCAGGGUCGCGUCCCCUACCCGCGGCCAGGCAUGUGCCCCAGCAAGACCUUUGGCACCUUCAGUUCCACCAAGGACUUCCCAGACGAUGUCAUCCAGUUUGCGCGGAACCACCCCCUCAUGUACAACUCUGUCCUGCCCAUUGGGGGGCGCCCUCUUUUCCUACAAGUUGGAGCCAAUUACACCUUCACUCAAAUUGCCGCGGACCGGGUUGCAGCCACUGACGGACACUAUGACGUCCUCUUCAUUGGCACAGACGCUGGCACGGUGCUGAAGGUGAUCUCGGUCCCCAAGGGCAGUAGGCCCAGCGCAGAGGGGCUGCUCCUGGAGGAGUUGCACGUGUUUGAGGACUCGGCCGCUGUCACCAGCAUGCAAAUUUCUUCCAAGAGGCACCAGCUGUACGUAGCCUCGCGGAGCGCGGUGGCCCAGAUCGCGUUGCACCGCUGCGCUGCCCACGGCCGCGUCUGCACCGAAUGCUGUCUGGCGCGUGACCCCUACUGCGCCUGGGACGGGGUCGCGUGCACGCGCUUCCAGCCCAGUGCCAAGAGGCGGUUCCGGCGGCAAGACGUAAGGAAUGGCGACCCCAGCACGUUGUGCUCCGGAGACUCGUCUCGUCCUGCGCUGCUGGAACACAAGGUGUUCGGCGUGGAGGGCAGCAACGCCUUUCUGGAGUGUGAGCCCCGCUCGCUGCAGGCGCGCGUGGAGUGGACUUUCCAGCGCGCAGAGGUGACAGCCAGCACCCAGGUGCUGGCAGAGGAGCGCACCGAGCGCACCGCCCGGGGACUACUGCUGCGCAGGCUGCGGCGCCGGGACUCGGGCGUGUACUUGUGCGCCGCCGUCGAGCACGGCUUUACGCAACCGCUGCGUCGCCUGUCGCUGCACGUGUUGAGUGCUACGCAGGCCGAACGGCUGGCGCAGGCCGAGGAGGCUGCGCCCGCCGCGCCGCGGGGCCCCAAACUCUGGUACCGGGACUUUCUGCAGCUGGUGGAGCCGGGCGGCGGUGGCAGCGCGAACUCCCUGCGCAUGUGCCGCCCGCAGCCUGCGCUGCAGUCACUGCCCCUGGAGUCGCGGAGGAAGGGCCGUAACCGGCGGACCCACGCCCCUGAGCCUCGCGCUGAGCGGGGGCCGCGCAGCGCAACGCACUGGUGACCGGACUGUCCCCACGCCGGGAACCAAGCAGGAGACGACAGGCGGGAGAGGAGCCAGACAGACCCUGAAAAGACGAACGGGUUGGGGCCGGGCACAUUGGGGGUCACCGGCCGAUGGAGACACCAACCGACAGGCCCUGGCUGAAGGCAGCUGCGCAGGCUUAUUUAUUAACAGGAUAACCCUUGAAUGUAGCAGCCCCGGGAAGGGCGGUACAGGUCGGGCGCAGGAUUCAGUCGGGAGGGAAGGGACGGCGAAGCCGGGCUCCAGAGCAACGACCAGGGCCGAGGAGGUGCCUGGAGUGCCCACCCUGGGGGACAGACCCCACCUCCUUGGGUAGUGAGCAGUGAGCAGAAAGCUGUGAACAGGCUGGGCUGCUGGAGGUGGGGCGAGGCUGGCCGACUGUACUAAAGUAACGCAAUAAACGCAUUAUCAGCCAAAGCUGGAAUGGCCCCAGCAGACAACCCCA